AUGGCGUGCGAGGAAGAGAUAAACAAACUGAAGGAGCAGGUCACCUGCGCCCUGUGCGGGCAGCUCUUCAAGGAACCGGUCACCAUGGGCUGCGGCCACACCUCCUGCAAGGACUGCCUGAACAAGAUAGUCAUCGGCAAGGACGGCAAGGUGAGCUGCCCGACCUGCUCGGCCGACUGCUCGCCCGUCGACAUCGUGGACAACGAGCUGGCCACCAAGCUGGUCGAGACCCUCAAGAAGAUCCUGGAGCUGAAGCCGGACGUGGGCGACGACUGCCAGAAGCACAACCUGCCCUACACCGUCUUCUGCCUGGACGACAUGAGGCUCAUGUGCGAUAAGAUGGCCAAGGAGCACCCGAACUGCCGGACCAUCCCCAUCAAGGAGGCGGCCGAGCGGUUCAAGGAGAAGCUUCAGCAAGCCUUGGAAAAUCUAGAGACCGUAGCUAAAGAAAAUGUCGGCCGUGAUGAGCAAAUGAACCUCAUAGACCUGAAGAAUCAAGGCGAUAAGGUUCGGGACAAGAUCGAGACUGCUUUCAUCUCCUUGCGGAAGUAUCUGGAGAAGGAGGAAAUUGCUGUCAUGGCACAGGUUGAAACACAAGAAGAGCGUUUUCUACAAGAACUCGAAGAAAGCAGUGCAGGUACAGGGGGGAAUCCUGUCACCAUCGAUCACUUAACAGGGGAUAUUAGAAAACAAUUAACGCAAGAAGAUAUCCCCUUACUUAAGAACAUCAGCACAAUAUUUGACAGGACUGGACGCCUGGUGAGGAAACCCAAGGAAAUGCCGAUUGAUCUGAGCCAGGGUGGAUUCAAUCUCCCUCUGCAAUACGCAGUGUGGAAGCGGACGUUGAAAUAUAUCGAUACAGUUCCAACUGCAGUGACCCUCAACCCGCUGACGGCAAAUGCCCACCUCAUCCUGUCCCGGGACGGCACCGAGGUUCGAGUGGGCGACAAGCAGGAGGACAUCCCGGACAACCCGGAGAGAUUCAGCCGCUGGCUCAGCGUCCUUGGCUCUCAGGGCUUCACGUCUGGCAGGCACACCUGGGAGGUGGAGGUGGGGGACAGCACCAUCUGGCAGGUGGGGGUGGCCAAGGGCUCCGUCCCCAGGAAGAGGGGCUUCGCCCCCUUCCACUGGCAAGAGAGCCGGAAGUUCUUCACGCCGGAACCCCAGGCCGGAGUCUGGGCCUUGGCCCUGCAGGAUGGAGACUACACUGCCCUCACCUCACCCCCGGUUCAGCUGCUGCUGAAGGGAAAGCUGAGGAUGCUGGGGGUAUACCUGGACUAUGCUGCCGGACAGGUCUCUUUUUACAACUCUGAUGAAAUGACUCAUCUCCACACUUUCAAGGACAAAUUCACCGAGGCAAUUUUUCCUUACUUCUACAUCGCUCACAAAGGAGACUCGCUGAAGCUCCAUACCCUGGGACUCUGA